UUUUCCCAAAAAAAAAAAAAAAAAAAUUACUACAGAAGCAACUGCUAGUGUAAUCUCGUAACUCUUUUCCAUUUUCAGAUUCUUCCAUUUCUCAACCUUUGCUGUUGGGUGUAUAUUUGCUCUUCCUUGUUCUUCUACUAUAGAAAAAAGCAGUACUUGUUAUUCCCAGAUAUUUAUUUGUCUUGGAUCUCUUGAGAUUUCUCCAACAGUAUCUUUUAGAUUUGCAACUAAUAAUGCAAUCAACUCAAACAGUUACCAAUAGGGUUGCAGAGGUUUCUUCACAGGCUGUUCUGAAACAUGCGGAAUCCUCCAAUGAAGAAGUUCCAAAUCCGGAACCAGGUGGAAGGCGCUCUAAUCUUUCAGUACAAAUUCCCCCUAGACCUAUAGGUAUUGGCACUAGCCGGAGUGGAAAAGGUCUAAUCCACUCCCAACAUUCAUGUAAAGGUAGUUCAUCAUCAGGAGGUUUGCUGCGAGUUUUAAGCUUUGCAAAAGGGAGUGCCAUACCUGAUGGUGAAAGGAGCUUGCUCCUCAAUUCAAGUCCUAAGACAGCCCCAGAUAGUCCUAUAAUGGCCAGUCUCAGGUCUGCUUUUUCUCGGGAAAGAUGUGCAUCUCUUCCUGUUACACCUGCAUCAAACUUGUCACCUUCAGUUUCAACUCCUGUUUCAGCAAGAAUGCCUGGUGAAUCUACUAGAACUAGUAAAGGUGCAAUUCGGGAAGUUGUUUCUAGGUCCCUCUCAGUGCCUGGGCGAAAUGUUGUAAUUGUCCGAUCUUCAUCCUUUGCUACUCACAAUGAGAAUGCAAUUGUGAAUCCUGACAAUGAUCAAACAUCCUCUGGUCCUGUGGAAGUUGUUGACGAUGAAGAAAUUCCUGAAGAAGAAGCUGUAUGUAGGAUAUGUUUUGAUGUAUGUGAAGAAGGAAAUACACUCAAAAUGGAGUGCAGUUGCAAAGGUGCACUUCGACUUGUACAUGAAGAAUGUGCAAUUAAGUGGUUUACCAUGAAAGGAAAUAAGAACUGUGAUGUAUGUGGGCAAGAGGUGAAGAACUUACCUGUAACCUUGCUUCGGGUGGCAAGCUCUGCCCAAAGCAUUAACAGACAGGAACAGGAUAACCAGAAUUUGAGGUUACAAUCAAUAAGUGCUUGGCAGGACUUUGUAGUACUUGUCUUAAUUAGCACCAUAUGCUAUUUCUUCUUCCUGGAGCAAUUAUUGAUUCACGACAUGAAGACUCAAGCAAUCAUAAUUGCUGCACCAUUUGCAUUUACUUUGGGGCUUUUGGCAUCUAUCUUUGCCGUCAUCCUAGCAAUCAGAGAGUAUAUAUGGACAUAUGCUGCUCUUGAAUUUGCACUUGUGGCUAUUUUUGUUCACUUAUUUUAUAGCUUGCUUCAUCUGAAGGCCAUUUAUGCUAUCUUGGUUUCAUCAAUUUUGGGUUUUGGGAUAGCUAUGGGCCUCAACUCACUGUAUAUUCAAUAUUAUGUUUGGAGAGUUCAGGUUGCUCAUCAACACAACCCUAGUCCUGUAUGACUGGCAUAGUACGAAGAGACAAAAUCCAUCAUCUAUGUCAUUCAUUUGCUGGAGGAUUUAUAGUACAUAAUUUCAUCUCAAUGUAUUCCUAGUAACUUGUUAACCGGCAAUGUUAUCCAUACCAUCAACAUUCUUGGACAAUACUUGUCACCAAAUGAGGAAAUAUUACAUUUAUACCUCUUAAUCUCUUGUACAACCUGUUCAAUUCACAGAAGUCAAAAGGUUUUAUUCUAA